AAAAACUAAAAUAUAUUUGCCAAGUAAGUGAUAUAAAAUUAUCAUCAUGCACCUUGGUGUAAAUAUAUCUAAUGCUUUACAACAAUUAGAAAGUGUAAAGGCUGCUGUUGAUCAAAAUGAUGAUCCAAAACUUAAGGCUGCUACUAGUGAUGAUCUAAAUAUGCUUAUUAAUUUAUUGGAGAGUCCAAUAUUGAGAAGUAUAGCAACUCUGCAUGACUCAGUUGCAAUGCUUGCUACCCAAGUUGCUCAUCAUCCCUCAAUGCUUCCUGGUGAUUUUGACAUCACUCCGGCUGGUGAUUUGGCAUUGCAAACUAGGAACCUAUAUGGUUCGCAUGAGGGUGAGGAGGAGCAACGUGUUCCGCAAGUUUCACCACCGAAUAGCUUAGAGUUUGGAUCAAAUUCGGACAAUGAACGCAUGUUGGGACUUGAUACAGCAUCCGUUGAUUCCAGUAUGUCUCCGAAGCAGAACCGUGGCAUAUUGGAUUUAUCACGUAAUGAUGAUUCCUUAGCAUCUGCUUCAACUAACAUUGUUGCAGGAGACUGGGCACAGGUUGAAAUAAUAAACUUAGUAAAUGAUGGCACUGGACUUGGAUUUGGUAUAAUUGGUGCUAGAACAAGUGGUGUUAUUGUAAAAACAAUACUAGCUGGUGGUGUGGCUGAUCGUGACGGCCGUCUCAAGUCAGGAGAUCACAUAUUACAGAUAGGAGAUGUAAGCCUGAUGGAGAUGGGGUCGGAGCAGGUGGCGGGAGUGCUGCGCGCCUCGGGCUCCCGCGUGCGCCUCGUGGUGGCGCGCGCAGUCGACCCCGCAGCCGUGCAGCCCUCCAUCGCGCCAAUAGUACCCGCAAGGUUGCUGUCUAACCCGGAAGCUUUAGAUCGUUACUUAUUGGAUACCGGGUUCGAGCAAGUGUUCAACACUCAGCCCGCGCUGGUACCUCCAAACCCGGCGCCCAAUAGAUUCGUCUUCGGCAGCUCCGUAACACCGCCGCCGGAUUCUGAUGCUGAAUCACCAGAAGUCGAUAGAUUCACUGUGCAAUUGAAGAAGGAUGAAAACGGAUUGGGAAUUACUAUAGCAGGGUACGUGUGCGAGAAGGAGGAGCUGUCGGGGAUCUUCGUGAAGUCGGUGAGUGCGGGCAGUGCGGCGGCGCUGAGCGGUGCGGUGCGCGUCAACGACCGCAUCGUGGCGGUGGACGGCGUCUCCCUCGCCGGCAAGUCCAACCAGCGCGCAGUGGACGCGCUCAAACAGAGCGGCAACGUCGUCACUUUACAACUGGAGAGAUAUCUUCGCGGCGAGAAGUUCGAGCAGCUGCAGCAGGCGAUCGCGGCGGGCGAGAGCGCGGCGAGUGCGGCGCCGCACAACCCCUUCCUGCACAUGCACCGCCCCGACCCGCGCCAUGCACCGCACCCCCCACACGUGCACGGCCACGACUUGCCCAUGAUGCAUCUGCACUCCUCUUCGGAGCCGAACGAAGAGGAAAUCGUAGAGCCGGCCGCGGCACCGCGCACGCCCACUCCGCAGCCCGCAUUCGAGAUGCCGCGCACAAACGAACAAAAGGAAGCCAUACGUCGCAAAUGGCAAGCCAUUUUAGGCGAAGAUGUGGAGAUAGUGGUGGGUGUGGUGGUGCGGGGGUGCGGCGGGCUGGGCAUCUCGCUGGAGGGCACGGUGGACGUGGAGGGCGGGCGCGAGGUGCGCCCCCACCACUACGUGCGCAGCGUGCUGCCCGAGGGGCCCGUCGGCCGCGCCGGGGUGCACCGCCCCGGCGAUGAACUGCUCGAGGUGAACGGGCACCGUCUGCUGGGCAUGAACCACCUGGAGGUGGUGUCGAUCCUGAAAGAGUUGUCGAGCGAGGUGUGCAUGGUGUGUGCUCGCCCACGCGCCGCGCCCGCCCCCGCCCCCGCACCCGCUCCCGCCCCACACCACGCCCUAGACCUCGCCCCGCCCGCACACACGCUCGUCAAGGCGAAGUCUGACGGCAGCCUGGCGGGCGCUGGGGGCGAGGAGGGCGGCGCGCUGGCGGCGGGCAAGGCGCGCUCGCGCAGCCUGGAGCCACUCACCGGCCUCGCCAUGUGGGCCUCCGAGCCACAGAUCAUUGAGUUGGUGAAGGGCGAGCGCGGUCUGGGGUUCUCGAUCCUGGACUAUCAGGACCCGUUGCGGCCGGCAGCCACGCUGGUGGUCAUCCGCUCGCUGGUGCCGGGAGGCGUGGCGCAGCAGGACGGCCGCCUCAUACCCGGCGACAGGCUGCUCUUCGUCAACGACCAGAACCUGGAGGACGCGAGCCUGGAGCAGGCGGUGGCUGCGCUGAAAGGCGCGCCGCGCGGGCUCGUGCGCAUCGGCGUGGCCAAGCCGCUGCCGCUGGCCGACGCCCCGCCCCCGCUGCCCGCCUCCGCGCCCCCCGCACCCGCCGCACCCGCACCCGACACUGACUGA